AUGACCGACGUCACCACGCCCUCAUCGGCAGACACGCCGCCAAAUCAUACGUUGUAUCUAAACAAUUUGAACGAUAAGAUCAAAGCUGAUCGUACCAAGGCUACACUAUACGCAACACUUUCUCAGUAUGGCAAGAUCCUGGAGAUUGUCAUGGGUCGUGCGCGACGACUACGGGGUCAAGCGUGGGUUACAUUCGAUGACAUUUCGAGUGCCUCCAAUGCCUUACGUGCUAUAAACGGGUCCAUGCUGUUUGACAAACCCGUGGUUAUUCAUUUUGCCAAGGAAAAAGCUGACGUAAUCACUCGGCGGGAGGGAACUUUUGUCCCACGUGAGAAGCGGAAACGUGACCCCAAACCCCUGCUGCAACAACAGCCGCUUAAGAAACAGGUGGGAGAGACGGGCCAGGGUACGGCAAUCCAACCGGGGGUACCACCCGCAUCAUUGCCGUCAUUGGUGCAAAAUGUACCCAAUAAGAUUUUGUUUCUUCAGGCACUACCUGAUUCCUGUAACAAGGAGAUGUUAAGUGUCCUAUUCAAACAGUACCAGGGUUUCAAGGAGGUACGUAUGGUACCAGGCAAGAAAGGAUUGGCAUUUGUCGAGUUUAAUGAUGAAGCACAGGCUGCUAUUGCACUACAAGGACUCUUUGGCUUUAAACUUACGCCAACCGAUACACUCAAGGUCUCUUUUGCUAAAAAGUAG